AUGCCAAUGUAAAUCUGACGAUUUAAAAGAAAUGAAACUAAUGCGACUUUAAUAGGAACGUACAAUUAGCAGAUUAUUUUUAGAAGAAAUUGCAACGUGCUUAUACAGAUUGCAUCUUGUUCAUAAAGACUUCAUGCAAUUAACAAAACAUUCUUUCAAAUACGAUAUUUGCUACUAUAAUGUUCAUAGAAAACAUAUAUCUAAAUACGUGUGCAGCUUUACAUAUUGUCAUUCAAUAAAACUAAAAAAAUAAAACGUUGUUAUAAUUCUUGCAGUUUGAAAUUUUUAAAUAUUAUAUUUAAUAUUAUAUUUAAUUAGCAUUAUUAUUUUUAAUUAGCAAUAUUAUUAGCAUUAUUAUUCUACUCCCCUUUAAUAUUUGUUAAUAUUUGUUAAUAUUUAUUAAUUUAAUUAGCAUUAUUAUUCUACUCCCCUUUAAUAUUUGUUUCUGUAUGAAAGCAUAUGAAAGUACACGUGUUUGCUUUUGCAUAUCCGGUACUUUUCUUUUUCGUACUCUUUGCAAUUAUUUUACAAAGAAUAUUAAAUGCGAAGCAUAUUUAUAUAAACAUACAUAUGUACUACGUACACCUACGUAGUAUUUAUGUGACUGAUGAACAAUGUAACGUACGUAUACCAAUAAAAAUUAUCCAAAGGUUUAAUUUUUUAAAAAUCAUCAUACGUAAUGUGAUUAUUCACAUUUUCCAUAAAAUGUUGAUUUCUUAUGUUUUUGUGCCAGAAAAGCUGUAGGAAAUUUUAAAGGAAACGAGAUAACUAUUUCCUAAAAAUGUUGAUCAAUUCUUUGUCAUUACCAUCUUCUUAUUAGUGACAUAAUAGUUCGUAUUAUAAAUAAACAUUUUAUAUCUUACACUAUAACUAAACUUUGUACAUAUUUUAUUUUAUAAUAUAACAUGUCUUUAUCGUAAUAAUUUGUUCUAGGCAUGUGGGUGAUUUUCCCUAUGGUACCCCUUCUGAUACGUGCGAUUCUCGCGCAUCCAGAGAUCGACGAUACAACGUUACCAGACAUAAUGGAACUAGGGAACGAUAGCAACGAUAUACUGACCGACAACCACACCGAAAAAUCUUGGAACGAAAUAUGGAAAGUAUGGAAAAAGGGAUCGUUAAAAGGUGAGCGAAACGAAAAGGCUCCGAAUAAUAUUUUAACAGGUGAGAGGGGUAACUCGCGUUCUUUGAUACACCUUCGGCCCUUCACGAAAUCAUUUCUUUUUUUUCCAGUACCGUUUGAUCCCUGGAGCGGCAAACGAGCAAAAGGAUAUUCCCGAGCGAAUGUUGAUUUACAAGGGAAAGGAACGAAACUCGUGCAUGAUUCCUACGAUCUCGACGCAUUCGCGGAUGGGUUCAACAACGUUAAGAGGAUAAAGGCUAGGGGAAAUAUAUUCAACAGUUGGGGCGGGAAAAGGGCGGAAAAACUGAACGACCGGGAUCCGUUUUUAUCACUGACGAAAAGUCCUAGUAACUUCCGUCUGGUGGAAAAAGCUGGCACUGCAGGGGAAAUGACAAGAAAGCGGAACAACAUUACAAGAAACCGAAGGGGUGGGGUCCAUGGUUCGGCAAAAGAAGUUUAAAGGCGUACAUCUUUCGUCUUGGAAACGAAUAUUUCGCGGUACCGACCUAUUCCAUAAAAGACGAGAACUUCCCUUUCAGAAAAUACAAUUAAUCGAGCAUUGACUAUUCUAUCUGUUUAGACAAAUCCAUAGAACGUUGAAAAUUUAUGACGAAGCAGUUUGGCGCGUUUGUCACCGUCAUACUUUGCACAAUUUUGUAUAUUUUGUUUGGAACAUUAUCUGAUCUAAGGGGAUCGAGAGUGAAAGGAUAUUCUUUAAUAUUAGUAACAAACGAGUUUCGGUGGUGAAAUAUGUCGAGUGAUAUAUGUAUAUAUAUGUGUCAUACAGCAUUAUAAAUAAAUUAUCUGGUUAAUCAAAAUUUUCUUACGGAUUCUGUGCAUGUUUGUACAUCCACGCGCGUUAUUUUGAUAUUUACUUUGUACGGUUUGAAGAUUGGUACAUGUGUGCGCGUGUGUAUUAGUAAUUCAUUAAGCACAAGUAUUCAUUUAAGAUUUAAUUGAUUUUAUCGUGUGAACAUUACUUACCAACAAUUGAAAUUUAC